AUGCGUCUCUCCUCGAUGCCGUUUGGGGGGCUAGGGGGCACAGGUCUAUCGAUAUGCGCGAUUCUAUCAAUGCUGUCGCUGCCGUCAACAGCAGUAACAGCAAAGUCAGCUGGGGAUUACUUUGUUCAUUCGUUACCUGGGGCUCCAGAGGGCCCCUUAUUGAAGAUGCACGCAGGCUUUGUUGAAGUCGACCCAGAACACAAUGGCAAUCUAUUCUUUUGGCAUUACCAAAACCGACACAUUGCGAAUAGGCAGCGGACGGUGAUAUGGCUCAAUGGUGGCCCAGGGUGCAGUUCUGAAGAUGGCGCCUUGAUGGAAAUUGGCCCGUACAGACUUAAGGACGACUCGACUCUCGAAUACAAUGACGGAUCUUGGGACGAGUUUGCAAAUAUUAUGUUUGUCGAUAACCCAGUGGGCACAGGGUUCAGUUAUGCAGACACAGACAGUUAUGUCCAAAGCCUGCAGGAAAUGGCAGAUCAGUUUAUUAUUUUCCUGGAGAAGUGGUUCGUACUGUUCCCAGAGUACGAGCACGACGAUCUAUAUAUCGCUGGCGAGUCGUACGCCGGUCAGCACAUCCCAUACAUCGCAAAGGCCAUCAUGGACCGCAACAAGAAGUCUCCGGUUCACACAUGGAUCCUUACAGGAUUGCUCAUCGGAAAUGGCUGGAUCUCUCCCGUCGACCAAUAUCCGGCGUACUUGUCAUACGCAUACAAAUCAGGCCUCAUAACUGGAGGCACUGAUGUCGCCAAACAAAUCGAAAGCCAGCAGGCCAUCUGCAUUGAGGCCCUCGACAAGAAUGACGGCGCAAACCGCAUCGACACGAUGCAAUGCGAGAAGAUACUGCAGGAGAUCCUGAGAUUGACCCAGGUUAAGGGCGCGAACGGCGAGAUGGAAUGCGUGAACAUGUACGAUAUUCGCCUGAAAGACACCUACCCAAGCUGUGGCAUGAACUGGCCUCCGGACCUCAAGCAUGUGGAGCCAUACCUUGCUCGCCAAGACGUCCUCCAAGCACUUAAUAUGGGCGAGAUCCAGCAGCCCGCCUGGACCGAAUGCAACAGCGUUGUUGGCAGUGCCAUCCGCCUCAAGGAUUCCAAGCCAUCCUACCAGAUUCUACCAGAAAUCCUCGCUGAGGUUCCCAUCGUCCUCUUCUCGGGCGAACAAGACCUGAUCUGCAACCACGUUGGUACCGAGGAUCUCAUCAACAACAUGGAAUGGAACGGCGGCAAGGGCUUCGAAGUGUCACCCGGCACAUGGGCACCCCGCCGCUCCUGGACCUUCGAGGGCGAGACUGCAGGCUUCUACCAGGAGGCGCGCAACCUCACCUACGUCCUCUUCCACAACAGCAGCCACAUGGUUCCCUUCGACUACGCACGCCGCACGCGCGACAUGCUCGACCGCUUCAUGCAAGUCGACAUUGCGAACAUCGGCGGCAAGCCCACCGACAGCCGCAUCGACGGCGAGAAAGGCCCCGAGACGAGCGUAGGCGCGCACCCGAACAGCACGCUCGCACAGGAGACGGAGAAGGAGAAGCUCAACGCGGCGAAGUGGAGCGCGUACUAUAAGUCUGGCGAGGUGGCGCUGGUGGUUGUUGUUAUUAUGGCGGCGGCGUGGGGGUGGUAUAUUUGGCGCGACAGGAGGAAGCGGGCGGGGUAUACGGGGUUGUUUGGCGGGUCGAUAGGGGGGAGCUCGGAGAGGUUGAGGGGGGCGAUGGGGUUGGAGAAUUCGAGGCAUAAGAGGGGGGAUGUGGAGACGGGGAGUUUUGAGGAUGAGGAGCUGGAGGAGCUGCAUUUGAGGCCGCCGGGGGAGAGGCAUGCUACUGAUGAGGAGAGCUUUGAAAUGGGGAGUGAUAGUGAGGAUGAUGAUGAGAGGGCCAAUGGGAAUGGCAUGGAUAAAGGGAAGGGGGUGGAGAAAUGACGAGGGCGAGUGUCCUUAGGGAUGCCGAGUCGAAUGUCCGAGCUACGAGUUUUUUUUUUAUCUGUUAUAUGUCAUAACGCGGAAUGUACCACUACUUAGCAUAGACUUUUCUUCAAUGUGAUAUGAUGAGAUUCAAGGAAGAACAUCGAAGAAAGUGUAGCCAGUGGAAAAUACUUGGGGAAGAAUGCGCCUCUCGCUACAAGACCAAGAACCCUCACAAGGAGAACUGCAGCCAAAUGUAGGCGCUGCUCAGCAGAUCGUCCGGCCGUUCGCAGCCCAUGCGAGACUUUCGUAAGCGAUUCCUGUUCCCACAGGAAACGUGGAUAUGUUCAAUCGGGUCCGCUGGCGGUGGGAUUCAGGACGACAGCGAGGGGAGGCGACAACGAGAAGGUAACGACAACGAGAAGCAACGAACACGACAGGAACUAAGGCGGUGAAAUAUCCCAGGGCAAAAUACUUGGCUUGGCUUUGAGCACACUGUCUGCGCGGUUGGCGUGGUUUCCUCAAACGCGACGAAUCGGAUAUUUCUCGGAAGGUGACUGAUGGACUCUUUCGCCAGCUUUCCUGCCAGCCUUCCUUUAUCUACGCCUGGAAGUCCACCCUCGGCGUCGGUUUGGCAGGUGAACUUCCUGGUGUCGGUGUUGGUAGUUGUAUACUAUUGCUGCU